UUCUCAACGCAGUGAAAAACCAUUUAUACUCAACACUAAACAAGGUAAUCAACCACAAGUCCCGUGCUUCAAAAAGAAGUCUUCCUCGUUACUGGAUUGGGUAAACAGGCACAUUCCAGCGUGCCCGAGGAAUACGCUUCGCUGCGCUGGGCACGCGUUCGAAAUUCGUCUGUUGCGGAGAGAAAGAGAUCCAUCUUGCCGUUUUGUAUCUGUAUCCCCGCACGGCUGGCAGAUAUGAAUUGUAGAAUCUUGAUGACCACGGUUGUAUUUCUUCUUCUCACGGUAAGCUUCUUCCCCGUGUUGUAGAAUGCAAACAGUUUUCGAAGUGAUUGCGAAGCAUUUUUACGAAUGCCCGCGCGACUGCGGAUUUGACUUUCUUGACUGCUGAAAUCGUGUUAGAAAAAACCUUAACUCUAUGAAAUCAGUUUUACAUUUGCUUUCGGUUGCAUCGUUUUAUUCUGUGUCUAGAUAUUUUAGUAACAGCUGAAAACGAAGUUCAUUGCAAACUUCUUAACAAGCCUUCGUUUUGUUUCCAAAAAAAUCAGCCAGUCACAGUUCGGCACUGUAAUUAGUCUUGCAUCAGGCUAGCGAGAAUUUUAUUGAAAUACGCCUCUAACCUGCAUGUAGCUUUUCUUUCCGAAAGAGCUUCUGGUGACAAAACAAAAUCAACUUAUAGGUUGUGUUAACUCUUUCAAGGAAACUGUCCAAUCGAAUAUUUAUGUUUUUUUUUCCGGUAAAUUAUUUGAAGGAACAACAGUCAGGUAUGGAAGCACCCUUAGGGUGAAUAAGUCGGUUGCAAAGUUGAUGCGUUAGGAACCUAAAAGAGAACUAGAAUUUCCACAGUUGUCUCUUAAAGGAAAUAUUUUAGUUCAUCCUCUUUCGUAAUUAAAUGAGUCUUUCGAAAAGCCUUGACUUUUAAUCGAAAUUUUGUUUGAAUUUGCAUAGAAGUGAUUUACCCUUCGGGAUGUCAUAAAUUAUGCAUCAUUGGCCAAUUCGAUAUGAAAGGGAAUAAAAGCUCUGAUUGCGUCUGUUUUCCUUUCUUCUUCUAUAGAAGAUUUCUUUCCCUUCAAAAAAUAUAGAAUGUUUCUCAUCUCUGACUGAUGGAUGAAUAUAUAUUUGAAAGAGAAAGUAAAUGACUUUUACAACUUGUCUAUCAAACAAUUAAGUCCUUCGCUCAGGUGCAUGAAUAAUUAAAUAGCAUCCAAGGUAUUCAUUUAUUAAAAACGAUACCAGUUGAGGUUGGAAUCUUCUGGUGAAGUUAUCUGACCAGAAUUGGUUUUAAGUAAAUUGAAAAUUUCCUCAAAACACAGCCAUCACAGCUAAAAUUUGCUAAAAAAAACACAGCUAAAUUUGCCCUCUAACUUGUUUGAGUUUUUAAAAUGAUGCCUUUUUUCAAAAAGCUUUCUCUCCUUUUGUGAUGUCUUAAUCAUUUGGUUGCUUUUAUUUUGUUUUAUCGAAAAAUUGAAAGCCGGUAGAAAACCUUUUUAUGUUCUUUGAUUGACAGCUGUCUGUUUGAUCAGCCAACAUACAGCUAAUCGUCUCGAUCACGAGCGCAAUUGUCCAGCUACACGGGCGCGGAAAUUGUUGUCUCUGAAAGCUUGGACCUGACUCUCAAUUAAUGAAAACAAGUAAAAAGGCUUUCAGAUGAAAAAUGGCGGCAGUGCCGGAAGUAAAUGUUGUGUAGUGGAAGCUUUGGGCUCUGAGAUAUUUUCAAGGGUUGGUUUUCAUGUUAAAUGUAACUAACCAUCAAUGAAGUAUUAGCAAACUAACCAUGCUCACUGUCUCUGUCACAAAAAUGAAAAUCGCAUUUUUUGUCAAACAGGUCCAUGGAGAUGCCAAAAAAAAGAAAGCAAAUCUGACUAAGACUCAAAGUAAGUUAUUGCUACCUUUAUUUACUAAAUGCAUCUUUGAAGCAAGAAUAUCCCUUGAUACUGUGCCAUGAAAAUCACUCUCUGCCUUUUCGGUUCCCGAGUAAUUCUCUUUGGCUUUCUAAAAGUGAACAGUCUCCUGUAGCUCAUAAAAUGCUUUUAGAUAGUGCAAAACUAAGGAUUAUUGUAUGGAGUGGCACAGUUUAAUGAUGGUACAGAAAGAAAAUUGAUGGACGUUUGUUUAAAAGCUUUUCCCGAGGAAAUGUUAAAGAGAAAUGGAGGUUUGUGAGAUAUAUUGCGCAAAAUCACUAAGUUAAAUUUGAAAAAGACUGGUUUUCCUGGCGCAGAUUUUAUUUUGAUCUUUCUUUAAACCUGAAAAUAUUCAGUCGCAGCUUUACGCAGCUUUAUUCUAAUUUUUCAGGUUGUCGACGGAAUUGUCCUUCGGGUCAAGAAUGUCUUGUCCAAUCAGACAAUACUGAACGGUGUGUUUGUGCGUCACGAUGCAAAAAAAGGCACAAACCUGUGUGUGGAAAGGAUGGAAUCCUGUAUGUGAAUCAUUGCGAACUGCACAGAUCCGCUUGUUUGACUGGCAAAAAGAUAGGCAUCGACUGGGAAAAGGCUUGCUUGAAGAAAAAGGCUAAAACGAAGGGUGGGCUUGUAUUUUUCAAUAUGAUUUUAUAUUAGCCAAGACAAAUAGUUAAUGCUGUUUAAUUGCCUGUGACAGCCGGAAACUCUGAUUAAGCCCGGUGAUCACAGAUGUGCCUCAUUAUUUUUCUAUCCUAGAUUGCCCCGAGGAGAAAUUAUCCGAAAUGAAACGACUCAUACUGGAAACCUUUGAAAGAGAGAUACACAGGAAGGUGACGAUAAACAUCCUGAUUGACGAGUUGUUCUUCCGGUACGAUAAAGACAACGAUCACAGCAUCAGUGGUUAUGAGUUAAAAAGUUUGGUCACCGACUACAUUAUGUACAAUAACAUCAAGGAACUCUUACAAAUUUGCCAUUCGACACAAUGGUUGAACACUGCGGAUAAAGAUGUGGAUGGAUUUCUCUCUAAAUAUGAAUUUUCAUGGAGUUUCGGUAUGGUAGGCCUUUGUUUGUUUUUUUUUCGGAAAAAAUUUAUAAGAAUUUUUUUUAAAUGAUAGUACUGAAAGAGUUCGAAAUUAUGGAUUAACCGGCCUCGGCAACUUAAAAAGACGCUUAAAGAAGUGCGGCGCGGCCAACCCACUCGUCGAAGGAACCGUAAAGUAUGAUUUGUGAUGGAGUCUUACAUUAUUCUUGCAGGAAGCACGCCGAAGGUUUUUAUAAUAAAAAAUGACGAGAAACCGAUGUCGGGUUCAAAUCUUACUCUCCGAUGCCGAGUGCACGGUUAUCCAGUUCCUGCGAUCACUUGGCGAAAAAACGAUGUAAAGUUGAACUCAAACAAUCGUGUUUUAACUAAAAAAGAUGGGGAGCUCUUUAUAAAGGGGCUCACACAAAGUGAUAAUGGUUUAUAUUCAUGCGAGGCCUCCAAUGACUUUGGAAUGGACCGUAAGCAGGUUGAGAUCAGUGUCCAGGAGCCAAUUAAAGUAGCCCCGGGUAAGUUUUGCAAGUAGCGUGAAAGUGCUUCCAUUUUCAAUUAUCAUUAAAACUCUAUCGCGCUGGAAUCCAGUCGAAAAGGACCUGCUUCAAGCCCUAAUUGGCGUCUAUGCGCUUGAUUCAUAGCUUACUCUCUCAGUGCCUACUACUGCUGAAGGGUAUCCUAAUGGUAUGCAGUCCUUCGCUUACUUGUAUUUUGUCUCCAAAAUAAAACCUAUCGCUUGAACAGAUUUUUGAUUGGUCGGGAACGUAACAUGAACCAGCAACUUCUAUGGCAGUUUUGCAUCAUCUGGUACAUUUCGUCUUGGCGUCUUUUUCCAUCGCUUCACAUUACUGCUCAUUGUAUGCACUUUGUAUGCUACUAAUAGACUUCAAAGAUUAGUAAGGAGACAGAGCGUCAGGCAGACAGACAGAGAGUCCGGCAGGCAGACAGGGAGUCCGGCAGACAGACAGACAGAGAGUCACACAGACAGACAGAGAGUCACACAGACAGACAGAGAGUCAGAUAAAUAGACAGAUAGACAGAAAGAUAUCAUGCCUAAAAUACAAGAUAUAGAGACCUUAGCGAUUAACCCUCGGCUAAAACAUCGAAAUAUCGACGUUCCUUUCGCUACAAAGGUGCCAAGGCGUGGAAUACUCUAAUGUGAGAGACUAUUCAGCGUUAAUUGAUUUCCGGUUGAUUUUUUGCGAUAAGUGACAGAUGAUUGAACAAUAGGAUCAUAUUAUAUAUUUAAAAUGAGAGAGACCAGAGCGAAGGACAGAGAACGGUGAGAGAGAGCGGGAGAUUAAGUUGAUUUUAUAAAAUAAAACGUGAAGUUUCGGAACAUAGCAGAUUCUUUAGUCUCAUUUUCCGACACUAACUAGUAAACUGCGAAACAUAACUUCACUGCUUAACUUUAAGAAACUUCUCAAACUUCAUUUAUGUAAUUGAUAUAAUACACUAUAUUGUAACGUAUAUUGUAUAUCUUAUGUGUGACUUGUAAUUUGUGUUAUGGGCUCCUUUUGUAUUCUGUAUUUCCAAAUACAUUUUGUUUUACUAAAUAUAUCAUAAACAGGCCCCCAGUCAAACCUGCUUGAAGCUGAACUGGGCCAGCUUGCAUAAAUAUCGCUAAUGAAUAAAUAAGUAAAUGAAUAAGCAAGAAAGAAAUCUGGAAGUCACUCGGACUUGAAGACGAGCUGAUCGCCACACAGGGAUUUAAAGCAAAACCAGGAGCCCAUAAGUAACGGCCUCCUGGCAAAACAAAAUAUUUUCUUCUUUUUACUCACAUAGAAAACUUAGCGGAAAGAGAAUGCAUUUCUUGUCCAACUGAUGAGUUCUUACGAAUCACUUUUUUCUUAGCUAUUCCUGGGAGUCACAUGUUUUACGUCUUCGCAAACGAUGGUGUUCACGUCAUCGAUCCCAAGACAGCUUCCACUGUCACUCACAUUAGCGCUGAUCACGUCAUAAAUGGCACAUCAUCGCCCAUUUGUACCGGGACCCGAGAGAGACCCUGUAACUGGGGUGGAGCAGUGAGUGUAAAUUCGCAAUACAUCUACGCAGCGGAUUUCCUAGGGCGUAGAAUCCUUGUGCUGAAUACUGCCGCGCAAAGAUUCGUUCAAGAAGUGCCCACCGAGGACUUUCCUUACAAAUUGAAGUACUUCAGGUAAAGAAAUGUUGUGAUUUUUAUAAGCGUCACUAGCAAGAGUGACAGCGAUUUCACUUCCAGUGUACGCGAACUCAAACGUACCUCUAAACGAAAACGAAAUAUACCGCUCAGAUACUUAUACAACAAAAGAAAAGCCAGAAGGAAAUCAAUGAAAAGAAACCUUUUAUUGUUUUCGCGCUGUAUUUUGUUGUUAUUUCCUCUCCUUUCUAAACGUUUUCUACGUUUUUUAAAUGAUGAGACUCACUUUGCCAAACAAAUAGACGGCGAAAAAGCUUUGUCUCUCUCUUUUGUGGCUUUAAAGGAAAUGAAACAAACUAGUAAACUGACAGGAAAACAAAUUGUUUAACCGGGAUAAAUCUCCCUAAGAACGUGCUAUAUCGAGCGAGCGUCAUGACACCAAAACCAAAGUUAUCAUAACAGCUAAUCAAAAGAGAGAAAAUAUCACAAGUAGUCAUGAAAAAUUAUAACAAGUAAACGCGUCUGAAGCGCGGGAAAAUGCGAGCUGGCAAGUCGAAAUUGGAGCUAGUCUGUUGAAUCUGAUUGGUUGAGAAAGUGGCGGGACUUUUUCACGACCAAUCACACAGCAAGGGAAAGCCAAACCAAAACCAUCCGAAUUGAAAAUUCCUCUUAUUGUGGAAACGUUUUUUUCCUUUCCUAUUUUUAAGAUCUCUGGACACUGUAUGGAUCCUAAGCUGGGGAAACAGUUCCCUUGAUGUACUUACUGAAGACGAAGACGACAUCGGAACACUUUCUGUGAUACACGAAGCUGGUAAAGUGACUGUUCACUCAUCAAUCAAGGCGCAAAUGAUUGAUGGCAUUCCUAGGCCAGCGCAUGACUUCUUUGAAGCAGGGAACUGCGAGUUGACAAACGAGGAAAGCAAGUAUGCUUACGUCACUCACAUAAUGGAACCAGGCAUUCAUGAAGUGGACCUGGUUACCAAGCAGUAUUCCAAGUUUUACAAUCUUAGUGAUUACCAGUGCUACGGAACAAUCGGUUUAGUUUUAUCACAACCUUUCAAAUACGCUUACGUCCAGUGUUACACAAACGAGGAACGUGACUCUAAAGCGCAAAUGGUAAUGGAUCUAGGAGAAAGACAAAUCAAGGCGAUAAACUCAUUUAACUUUGGGACACCAUUUGUGUCUCCUGAUGGAAGUUUUGUCAUAACAUUAAAUUUUUACGCGAUUUUAACGCAGUACAUCGAUCCAGCGGGGCAGAUUUACUUAUUUAAUGAUAUAGAAUCCGACAUCCUGCUAAGUCACCUCGCCUUCAGGCCACGAGACGCUGGCUAUGACGUGUAUGUGACGUCAAAAGAUCAACCAACGAUAAUUGUGCUGCAUGUAGAUCCCAGAGGCAUAAAAAUAAUUAAGUUCAUUUCGACAGUAGGCAAACCGUCGGGAACGAGGGACUGGAUCCACACCGAGCGUCCAAUCGUAAUUGGCUGCGAGUCUGACGCCCGUUACCUAGCAACACCCGCCACGGGCGACGACGCAGUGGUGAUUUUAGACGCUGAAAAGCGGGAGAUGCAAGGAAGAGUGGAAGAGAUUAAAGAGGCUCGUACCAUCGUAUGGGUCGGCCGUGAACGGAGAUAAAACAACAAAGAACCUCGUUUUCCUGUUGGCAAUUGACCAAAAUUGUAAAACUGUGAAAUGUUUAUGUUUUUAGAUUUUGAUUAGAAAAAGAAAGUUUCAAUCUAAGGUCCAUCAUGUUGAAAACGACGAUGUGUGAAAGGUAUAUCAUUGGGGAUCAUUGACCAAAAACUAAUUUCUAGAUGGUCUUAAUGAGGUUCAUCAUGAGCCCUAAAAUGACCGAGAGAUUUAGCCGUUAGGCGUAAAAACUAUCAAAAAUUAGCCGUCAGUCGUAGAAAAAAAUUAACCGUAAAUAGUUUUUCUGGUGACCACAAUGGAAAGAUAGUAACUGUUAGCCGUAACUUGGACAAAAUUUUAACCGCUAGCCGUAAAAGUCAUCACCUCAUUGAGACCCUGUUUCGAGUUAUCGUUUUAAGCAGGAAAGUGAUUGGUAGAAAGGAAAGGAAAGGAAACAUCAAUCAAGAAAGAGUUUCUGAUUCAACACCAAAAUUUCGGGGCUCUAAUUGCAAGAAAUGACUGGUAGGCAGAUGAGUAAAUCUUUAGGAAAGGUUAAUCAACCAGCUUCGCUCAAUCUUGCCUAUUUACAAUGCAGAUAUUUUUUUUAAAGAAAUGUUAAGACUGAUCAUGAUAUCGAUAGUAGCGUGGAGAUUUCUGUAAGAUUUCAUCCUCUUAGUUUCACGACAAUUCUUUAUUUUUCUGAUAACUUACAAUAUUCUUAUCUGUAACGUUUUAACAUUAAGUUCAACCUACUCUCAUUUUUUAUUAAGUGUUACCGUG